AUAAAAAAUGAAAAGUCGUUGAUCUCCUGAUAAAGCAUUUUCUAUAUAUCUCUGCGUUCUCUUUGUUCCUAAGCCAAAGGACUGAGUUUUCUUUCUGAUUUCACUCUCACUCUCACUCUCAAAGGACUAAGUUUUCUUUCUGAUCUCACUCUCACUCUCUCUCUUUGGCUCUCAAUUUCAGUUUUUUAGUUUCGUUGUGCGAUUCCCCAGCCGGGCUGUUAAUACAGGAUUGUUAUAACCAUGGCAAGAAAAAGAGUAAAGAGAAACCAUGGAGAAAAAGUACAAAAUGAGCCCACCAUCAUGGCUGAAGAUCGAAUAUCACAAUUACCUGAUUCUCUCAUACAUUAUAUUUUCUCAUUCCUUCCUACCAUUCAUCUUGUUAGAAUGAGUGGUGUUUCAAGGCGCUGGAGACGGAUGUGGGUUUCUACUCCUUUCUUAUAUUUCGAUUGUCAAUUCAAUGAUGUUACUUUCACCAAGGACGUGAAUAGAUCAAGCAUGUUCCUAAAUUUCGUGAAAAACUGUUUAAGAUUUCGAAAGCGGUACAUGCAACGAGAUACAUUCCUAAUAAGUUUUAAGCUUGACUAUUAUAUCCUCGGAAGGAAUGCUGCUCGACAAGUAGACAGUUGGGUGAGAUCUGCUAUUCAAAGUAAAGUGAAGGAGUUAGAUCUUGAUGUGGAGGGUUACCGUAUUCCUCAGGUUGUUUAUACUGCAAGUUCAUUAACUCAACUGAAGUUUUGUGCUUUGAAUUUUGAGUCCACUUCACUUUCAACCUUAAGUUCACUAACUCAGCUUGAGUUAAGAAAUUUGAAGCUGGAGGCCCCUUUUCUUUCAAAGUUUCCCACUUUGAAACAUCUUUCAUUGAUCCGUGUGGUAUCUGAUUAUAAGUCACUUGAAAAUCUUAUUUCUGGAUGUCCUAUUAUUGAGGAUUUGUGUUUAGUCAGCCUGAAAGUAAUUAAUCAUCAUGGUUUGGAUCUAAGCUCCCUAGAUUUUCCUGCUAAAACACUUAAAAAUCUCACAUUAUCAUCCGUGGAGUUUACUGAUCAGGGGUUUGAAUGUCUAAUUUCUCGGCUUGCCGUCCUUGAGAGAUUAACUUUAGAUUAUUUCGAUAAGGUAAAAAAUCUGACAUCGGUUUUU